UAUCAGAUAUAUUAUAAGCCGAGAAAUUAUUCUCAAGUAGGCGUAAAGUAACAGAUAAACAAUUAAGAUAAAUUUUAUAUCACUUUCAAUCUUUGAUUUAAAAAUUCGUGUCGAUGUCCAGCGACAUCUUUGAAUAAUCAUUUUUGAGGUCAAUACUAUUGUAUUCCAAUCCCAUAUGAUAAUUUUACUCGUGACUGAUAAUGCGAGAGGCUGUGUCUCUGAUAAGGUUUUUUUUUUAACGAAGACAUUCGCAGUUUUUAACGCAAACGUUUUAUAUGUCAACAAUGUCUUGCAACGAUUGGCGGGUUUUAAAACAAUUUUACAAUUGUUGCAUUUUGCGGGACGGUCAGAUAUUAGAAGAGGAUCUAUGGGUACGCAAUGGGAAAAUAGUCAAUCCGGAGAAAAUAUUUUACGAUGAGAAGAUCCAGCCGGAUAUCAGGAUUAAUUGUAGUGGGGCAUUGAUCUCGCCUGGAUACAUCGAUCUUCAAAUUAAUGGUGGCUUUGGCAUAGAUUUUGCUUAUAACGUUAAUAAUGUGGAAGAGGGAAUUAAUAAGGUAGCUAAAAAAUUAUUAGAAUUUGGUGUAACAUCAUUUUGCCCAACAUUGGUAACAUCACCCACUGAAACAUACGAGAAGGUACUGCCAAAUAUAAAGAAAACGGAAGGUGGACAGCAUGGGGCAACAGUAUUAGGCAUUCACUUAGAGGGUCCUUUUAUUAGCCCAAGCAAAAAAGGAGCUCAUCCAGAAAAACACAUAAAGGAAUUUGAAAAAGUUAGUUUU